CGAAAAGUCGCUGGGAUUCUGGUAGACGCUGUCAAAGUCAAUGUCUUCUUCUAAGAAGAACGAAAACGUUCCCUCGAAGGGUUGAUUAAAUCUCCCAAUUACCACCGCCAGCGAUGCGGCCGCUUCCCUUCCAUUUCAAUCUUUCAACGCACGUCGCUCCCAUCCAUUCCCCCUUCAUUUGUCCACUUGCCUCGGAGACAAAUAAUCCCUUCUUCAUCCGCUAGGGUUUCCUCGUUCCACACCUGCUCGCUCGCUGCUGAGCGGUUGACUCGUAGAGACUCAGAUCUUACCUCUCCAUUCUUUUCGGCUGCUGGUGAAGUGGUGGAUUCGCGAUGAUGUCGGAUGAACUGGUGCCUUCGAGGUACGUGAAGCUCACCAAGGAUCAGGAUACGCCGUUGGAGGAGAUCCGCCCUGGAGAGCUCAACCAGCCCGUUCAGGUUCCUCAGUUGGAGGUUCACCGAUGUAACGAAUGCGGGCAACCCCUACCGGAGAGCUAUGAGCCACCUGCUGAUGAAGCUUGGACUACUGGCAUUUUUGGCUGUGCCGAUGAUCCAGAAAGCUGUUGGACAGGGUUGUUCUGUCCUUGUGUAUUGUUUGGUCGCAAUGUGGAGAGGCUUAGAGAAGAUACUCCAUGGACAAGUCCUUGUAUGUGCCAUGCUCUCUGCGUUGAAGGUGGUCUUGCACUUGCUGUCGCUACAGCGGUUUUCCAUGGAAUUGACCCUAGCACAUCAUUUUUGAUUGGAGAAGGACUAGUCUUUGCUUGGUGGAUGUGUGGCAUCUACACCGGUAUAUUUAGGCAAUCAUUGCAGAAGAAAUAUCAUCUGAAGAAUUCUCCUUGUGACCCAUGCAUGGUCCAUUGCUGCAUGCAUUGGUGCGCCAUCUGUCAGGAGCAUCGUGAAAUGAAAGGUCGAUUAUCUGAUAAUCUUGUCACGCCAAUGACGGUCGUCAACCCACCGCCUGUGCAGGAGAUGAGUGAUCGCAGCAGUUCAGCAGUCUCUGAGACUGGUGCCCAACUCAACAACCACGCCCAGGUGGAGACACAAGCUGUAUAGUUUGGCGUGAUUCUCAUGUACUUGUUUGAGAACAUCGGACAGAAUACAAGGUGAUAGAUCAUUUGUUUAGGCUUCUUUCUUGUGAAACUUAUUGGCAUCCAUAUGAACGAACAUCAUCAUAUCUUCCAAAAGUUAUCAUUUUGUAACUAUUUUGAUGCUUCGUGCGGUUUAAGAGGUAAAUGUGUGGUCGUUUGCUUUCAUCA